GGUAUUGGGUCCUCAGGGAUUUGUCGGGUUGCAUGUAAAGACACCCUGAGUUAUCAAAAAAGAGAAGAAGUGAUCUUGAAAGAUAUAGUCGUCUCAAACAAACAUCGGAGGGAUGUCUGAUAUGGAAGUACUGAAUAAUGGUGAUAAGCCUCAUGUGGUUUGUAUACCACUCCCAGCUCAAAGCCAUAUGAAAGCGAUGUUGAAACUAGCAAAGCUCCUCCACCGUAAAGGCUUCCACAUAACCUUUGUCAACACAGAGUACAACCACCAACGCUUACUCAGAGUUAGAGGACCCAAUGCUCUCGAUGGCUUGCCCCGUUUCCGAUUCGAAACGAUUUCCGACGGGCUUCCUCUUUCGGACAAUACUAAACCCUCCCAAUAUCCCGUUAGUAAGAACAUGAUACCGCCGCUUCUCAAACUUCUUGCCAUGUUGAAUGACACAAGUACAGCGGCUGCCUCAUUGCCCGGUGUGGCGCCUCCGGUUACUUGUAUUGUCUCUGAUGGGUUUAUGAGUUUCAUCACCGCUGAGGCCGGUGAAGAGCUCGGUAUCCCGGUCGUAAUGUUCUUCACUCUGUCUGCUUGUGGUUUCAUGGGCUUUUAUCAGUUUCGUAAUUUACUCGAAAAAGGUCUUACUCCACUAAAAGAUGCAAGCUAUGUAACGAAUGGGUACCUAGACACUAUCAUCGAUUGGAUUCCAGGAAUGAAAGAUAUUCGUUUGAAAGAUCUGCCAAGCUAUAUUCAAACUACAGAGCCAAACGAUAAAACUUUUGAAUUCUGCAUCGAAGCAGCCGAGAGGUCUUCCAAAGCAUCAGCUAUCAUUCUUCAUACGUUUGAGGCGUUGGAGCAGGAUUUAUUGAACGCUUUAGCAUCCAUCUUCCCAUUUGUCUAUUCCAUAGGCCCGCUUCAAUUACUUUUGAAUCACAUAUCAAAGAAAGACGAGUCGGAGUCCAUCGGAUACAAUCUAUGGAAAGAAGAAUCCGAGUGUCUCAAAUGGCUUGAUUCCAAAGAACCCGGAUCCAUAAUUUACGUGAAUUUUGGUAGCAUAGCGUCAGUAACCUCGAAACAACUGGAAGAACUUGGUUGGGGACUUGUGAAUAGCCACCACCACUUUUUGUGGAUAAUUAGGCCUGAUUUGGUAAAGGGUACGGAUGAAUCAGACUCUGUAUUUUUGCCGCCUGAAUUGUCUGCAGAAAUCGAAGAAAGAGGUUUAAUAGUAGCGUGGUGCCCACAAGAGGAAGUCUUGAACCAUCCGUCAGUUGGGGGUUUUGUGACGCAUUGUGGGUGGAAUUCGACUAUUGAGAGCUUAUCGGCAGGAGUGCCGAUGAUCUGUUGGCCGUUUUUUGCCGAUCAGCAGACGAUUUGCAGAUAUGCUUGUACUGAAUGGGAGGUUGGGUUAGAGAUCGGUGGCGAUGCGAAUAGGGAUGAAGUGGAGAAAGUUGUGAGAGAGCUUAUGGGAGGUGAAAAGGGGAAGAAAAUGAAGAGCAAGGCAAUGGAGUGGAGGGGAUUGGCAGAGAAGGCUACUUGUUCAGAUGGGUCAUCCGCUUUGAAUUUGAACUUGCUGGUGAAGAAAUUGUUAGAUCCAAUGGGAGGCUAGCUACAAUCUGCAGCUGUUCUCAGUACUCCGAGGUAUACCUCUGUUUUCAGUGGGAAAUUAUAGAACUAGAUGUUAUGUAUUUUACAUAGAAUUAUUGCUUGAAGGGGAUGCUGUUGUACAUCUUUGGGGGUGUUUCGGUGCUGAUUGUUUUGGUGGAUUCUAGUUUGUGAUUCUGCUUUGUUUGGAUUGGUUUGUGAUUUAAGACUUUGAGUAGUGUUUUUAGAUAA